ACGGACCUGCCGUGCUGAGUCCUUUUCUCGAUCGUCACACGACUAUAUAUUCCCGAAAGUACAAAAAAUUCUUGUCAAUGGAGUCGCUCUCCGUAAUUUCUAACCGAACCCACACCUAAACUACCAAUUCCCAACAAACAGUUGUGAGUUAGGUCCCUCUCUCUCUGUAUAUAUAUACUCAAUCGUGUCUCUCUGGCUAACUCACUAGCUAAUAAUCCAACGUUUAGGACGAUGGUGUUUGUUUUCACCUCCAUAAUCGCGCCCCUUACCUCUCGGUGGCCAUUAAUCGUCUACUCUGCAACAUGGACAGCUAUCCUGACAGUGACGGUGGCGUUGGCCUCCUUGGCGCCGGAGGUUGCUUUCGUGUCGGCGAUAUCCUCGUCAUCCACAGUGUGCGACGAGACGGAAGGGUCAGUUAGAGUGCCGUUGGACUCGAGGGGAGAGAUCCUCUGCUUGCCGGCCCACCUGCUCAGCAAGUCCAAGAUUGACUUCAUCGUCCCUCCGGUCUUUGCAGCCGUCGUGGUGGCUGCGUCUGCUUGCUUGGUGAGGGCACUCUGCCUUUGGGAGGACGACGAGCCCCAUUAGCAACUUCUUUUUAUUAUGUAUUUUAUUUAUUAUUUAUCAUGUGAUUUAUAUAUAUUUUUUUGAGACA